GGAGUUACAAAUGAUGUAAUGUGAUGACUCUUGCAAGAAGCAUUUUUAGUCAAGUGAGGUUGGAAAUCAUUUUCCUAAUGCUGAAGCAUUUGAGGGAUGGAACACGACCAAAAGAAACCCUGUUGAUGAACCAGUACUCCAAGGCUUUAUAAAACUUUAACAAUAACUGGAAAAAGAUUUAUAUUAAUGCUAAUGAUAUCUAAAACUGUGCUAAUGAUAAAAUUGUGUGGAGAAAUUCCUCAGGAGUUCUUCAGUUUUUGAACUAACUGAAGAGUUAAUCAAAAUAAAUCAAGAGUUUGAUGCCACCAUCAGCAAAUACUGGUAGGUCUUAAAGUUUCAAUGCACGAUUGUUCUAUGCCACACCUCAUUGAAUGCCAGAGAUGGAAUUAAGGAGAAUGUUUACUAAGAACACUGUGGCUGUACUUCCUUGUGAACUCUUGAAACGUCUUUCAGUGUUUUCUUGUAAGAUUACUGGAGUAGCUUCAUCUCUAUGCAUAUUCUAAUUUUUAAAUGUUUCCCAAAUGCUCUAUCGUUUAACAAAUUCAGAAGAACACUAAACUUGAAGGUCUGCAAUGUGAUUUCUCUUUUAUUAUCUGCAGUUUUUAGGAGGUGUAUGCAAUUUGUUUCCUCCUUUUAAUGGAACUGCAAUGUGACACCACUGCAGUGUUACAAUGGUCUGAUUAAAAAAAACCAAACAAACCAAAGAAGCUCCUCCCUCAAAACCUGUAGAUCAGUUUUCAUUUGCAAUUUUUUUUUCAUUUCAUGGUUCUGAACAGAGAAAGUUGCUUCUUCUGAUUCCCCAUAGUUUCAUUUAUAAAGUGAGUUAUGAAAUAUGAUGUUUAAUAAGUGGAAUGAUUACUAAUAGCUAUAAAUUAUGCCAAAACUCAUACAUGUAAUUCACAUACUUAGUUUGUGAAAACCAAAAUUUUCUACUCGAGUGUUGCAAUAAUAAUUACUAGAGUGAAUUGAGCAGGCCUUUGCAUUCUUUGUGUAUUACAAUGUAAUUAAUCUUAAAUCUAGUAUCAGUACUUAAUGAUUGUUGCAUAAGAUGGUAGCUAGAGUGGAACUUCACUCAAAAGUUGUGUAAUUCCAGUUAGUUUACUAGUAUGAAUUGUAUAUGUUUUAAAAGUGAAAUAUAGGAGCUGAUCUAUCAGUUAAGGAGGAUGUGAACCACAGAGAAGCCCUAAAGCACCAGAAGGUUACUGAGAUGAUGAAGCCAAACCAUGGGAGAGACAGUACUUGCUGUGGAGCAAUGAUGCCUGCUGCGCCGUGACCAUGCUGGGAGCGGACGAGUUCAUUAGCUCCCCGCCCAGGAAGACCGUGCGGUUCGGGGGGACCCUGAGCGAGAUCCUGCUCAAGUACGAAAAGGGUGACACCACAGAUUUUGAGUUGCUAAAACAUCAGCUGUCAGAUCCAGACAUAAAGGAUGCCCAGAUCAUUAACUGGCUGCAUGAAUUUCGAGCUUCUGUUGCAUAUUUGACCAAAGAGCUUGAACAACUGGUGAACAUUUUGCUGAAGCUGCCAUGGUUGAGAAGGAGCCGAGAGGUAGUGGAAGAAUAUCUGGGCUUUCUUGGCAACCUUGUGUCAGCACAAACUGUCCAUCUCAGACCGUGCCUCCGCAUGAUCGUGUCACAGUUUGUCCCCCCUCGAAUAACCAUCAGAGAAGAUGAUGUGGAUAUUUCAGAUUCUGAUGAUGAUGAUGAAAACAUCUCUGAAAACUUCAAUACAUGCCACAGAGCAUUGCAAACUGUUGCAAGAUAUGUUCCUUCGACACCACAGUUUCUCAUGCCAAUACUUGUGGAAUUUUUUCCUUUCAUUAAUAAAUCAGAAAGAACUCUGGAAUGUUAUGUCCACAACCUGCUGCGAGUUACUGUGUAUCUUCCAACUCUAAGGCUUCAGAUUCUGGAGCUUAUUAUUGAAAAGCUGCUGAAGUUGGAUGUUAGCACUCCACAGCAAGAUAUUGAAGAUGCUGAAGAAACUGCCAAUAACUCCUCUAGUGAGGAAAAAUCUACAGAGGAGGGACUUUUUGACAUGGAAGAAGAUGAAGACAGCAAAGGAAGCAAAGUUGUCUCUCCCAGUACUGAGAGAAUGGCUCAUCCACUUGCAGAGCGCCUGGACAUCCUCAUGACCAUCCUGUUUUCCUACAUUAAAGAUGUUUGCCAUGCGGAUGGCAAGCUCGACAUCAGCAACACGAAGGAUUUGUAUCGGGAUCUGGUUUCUGUUUUUGACAAGCUCAUUUUACCAACCCAUGCUUCAUGUCAUGUGCAGUAUUUCAUGUUUUACAUCUGUAGCUUUAAAUUGGGAUUGGCUGAAGCAUUUUUAGACCAUCUUUGGAAGAAACUGCAGGAUCCAAACAAUCCUUCAGUAAUCAGGCAGACUGCUGGGAGCUAUAUUGGCAGCUUCUUGGCAAGAGCUAAAUUUAUUCCCAUUGUUACAGUGAAAGCAUGUCUGGAUCUUCUGGUGAACUGGUUGCAUAAAUACAUUGAUAAUCAGGAUACAGGAACUAAUGCCUACUGUGAUGUAGCUCUCCAUGGGCCCUUCUAUUCUACGUGUCAGGCAGUGUUCUAUACACUUAUUUUCCGUCAUAAACAACUUUUGGAUGGAAAUUUAAGGAAAGGUCUGUCAUAUCUGCAGAGUUUGAAUUUUGAGCGCAUUGUCAUGUGUCAGCUAAACCCCCUGAAGAUUUGUAUCCCUUCUGUUGUCAACUUGUUUGCUGCCAUUACCAGGAAAUACCAGUUGGUGUUCUGCUACACGAUUAUUGAGAGGAACAACAGGCAGUUCAUCCCCGUUGUGCGGAGUGGCACUGGGGGGGACCUUGUGCAGACCUGCACCAACCCCCUCGACAGCUUCUUCCCCUUUGACCCCUACAUACUCAAAAGAUCAAAGAAGACCAUUGAUCCAGUGUAUCAGUUCUGGGAAGAACUGAGUGCUGAAGAACUUGAGAAUCUGAAGAAACCCAUUAAAAAGGGUACUUCUGAAGAUGAAGACGAUGACUUUUUGAAAGGAGAAACUCCUCAAAAUGAUGGUGUGGUUGAAAUUGCACCAAAUUCUUACGAGUCCAACACACGGAGCCCUGUGAGCAGCAUUGGCUCCCCUGCAGACUGUUACGUGCCGUACCCACUGUGACACGGACAACCAGGAGGGAAAAGGUUCAAAAUUGUGUGCAAUGUUUUGCUUUGGAAAGAGACUUGACUCAACUUUCCAAACUGGCAAUGUUGAAGUAACUACAUUUAAGAAAAAUUACUGUUUCUUAGUCACCAGAUUUCUACAGAUAUGUUAUAGUAAAGUCAUAUGUUGCUACAGAAGCUUAGAGAAUAAAUAGGGUGAUAUUUUACAAAUUUCACAUUGAAAUGGUUUUUAUGACUUAGAAGGAUUUUUUUUUAAAUAGUUUUUUCCGACUCUUCAGAACUUCAUUUACUAAUGUUUCUCUGCAAGGUUUUAUAUAUCAGAGGUGAGAUUCUGGUGUUCCUUCCUGCAGAUUUGUGUGGGGGCUAGAAUUCCACUGUCAGUGUUCUGACUCUGGUGACUCUUCUUGAGGUGGUUUCAAAUUAAUGGUGUAAUUUCUUGUCCUAGGGCACCAUUUAUUGGUACCCAAUGUGGGGCUCGAGAAAGUGGAAAAAACUGUACUGAUUGCAUUUAGUUUCACCUAGUCUGUAUUGGGAUAAAGCAGUCAGUGGCUAUGUUGUUUGAAUCUGCUUUCUAGAGAGGGACCCCUUUGGAAGUUUCCUCCCAAAUUUGCCCUAAACCAGGACAUCUCUCAAUAGGCAGGGCAUGAAUCCAGACUGGCAGUGGUUCUUCCACACACAUCUCUUCAGCUUUUCCUGUAGAACCAUACUUGGUGAAGCCACUUGCUAGUGGGAAGUGCACUCAGACAGAAAGCAUUAUCCCUCCUUAAAUCUGUAGCUGACACACACUUCUCCCAGCUAGGAAAGUUCAGACAUGUAAAAGUGGUGGUUGUUGGAAGUGUUGAAAAUGAGGGAGUAGCUGAAUGUAUUAUUUGUAGAUAGUUUUCUUUGGGGUGCUUGUGAAGCGCUCCGAGACAGGUAUUUAUUUGCCAUAUUUGAAGUUUAUAUGUGUAUGCUGAAAAUAGAAAAGAAAAUCUUCCUUGUGGAAAGGGAGUGAUGGUGUCAGUGGUGUCUUUGUGUUGUCAAUAUGUCUGUCAGUCAGUGUAAAGUUUCUCUACAGAGGUGUCUUUCCUUUUCAUGGUUGCUGGCUUUUAGAUUUGAAUAAGAAUACAAACAAUGGGAAAAAUAAGAAAUUUUAUUCGUGUAACAUUUAGUUGAAAAUUUUAUGCAUUUGAGACUAAACUCCAAUUGCCCUUCUUUAGAAUCUGAACUUGGAGGCUUUCAGGACAACAUUUAUAUUUGGAGCCAAUAAAGUUUGAUGCAAACAG